UCAAGUUUUGCACCAUCAACUGAACCCCAAAUAUGUCUUCUAAAUACUUGCUAGUGUUGUUCCUCCUCGGAGCAUUAGUGCUUCUCUUCACAACCCCCUCAUAUGCUGAUCAUCAUGAGCCCCUUAGAAAUAAAGGAGAGAAACCACCUCCAAAACAUAAACCACCACAUGUUCAUCUUCUAGCUGAAAAUAUAGAAGAUUUUCAUGGACAUGCAAAAGGUAAAAGAGACAAGCCACCACCUAAACACAAACCACCACAUGGACAUCUUUUAGCUGAGGAAGUAGAUGAUUAUUCUACAUCUCCGGGAUGGAAACUACAUAAUCCUCCAUCAGAGCAUAAACCACCGCACAAGCCUCCACAUGAGCAAAAGCCACUAAAUAGACGUCUUUUACAAGUAGAUAUUGAGGAUGCACAUAAAGAAAAGGGAGAGAAGCCACCACAUGGACAUCUUUUGGCCGAGGAAGUUAUGGAGGACUCGCCUAAGAAAAAGGGAGAGAAGCCACCACCAAAGCACAAGCCACCACAUGGACAUCUUUUGGCCGAGGAAGAGGUCGAGGACUCACACAAAGGGAAGGGAGAGAAGCCACCACCAAAGCACAAGCCACCACAUGGACAUCUUUUGGCCGAGGAAGAAGUUGAGGACUCACACAAGGGAAAGGGAGAGAAGCCACCACCAAAGCACAAGCCACCACAUGGACAUCUUUUGGCCGAGGAAGAAGUUGAGGACUCACACAAGGGAAAGGGAGAGAAGCCACCACCAAAACACAAGCCCCCGCAUGGACAUCUUUUAGCUGAAGAAAAAGUUGAGGACUCACACAAGGGAAAAGGAGAGAAGCCACCACCAAAACACAAGCCCCCGCAUGGACAUCUUUUAGCUAAAGAAAAAGUUGAGGAGUCACACAAGGGAAAAGGAGAGAAGCCACCACCAAAACACAAGCCCCCGCAUGGACACCUUUUAGCUGAAGAAGAAGUUGAUGAUUCGCACAAGGGAGAGGGAGAAAAGCCACCACCAAAACACAAGCCACCUCACGGGCACUUAUUAGUUGAAGAGGUUGAAGACUCACAGAAGGGGAAAGGAGAAAAACCACCGCCCAAGCACAAACCACCUCAUGGACACCUUUUAACUGAAGAGAUCAACGACUCUUACAAAGGAAAGGGAGAGAAGCCACCUCACAAGCCUCCCCACAAACCCCCAUCAGCCGACUAAGUACCUUAGGCUAAUUUCGCUAAAUGCUUAGAAAUAAGAAACAGAAGUCUACUCUUCUGUUGGUUUCUGUAUCUGCAUUUUCACUGAAUUAGUAUUUGUACUUUGGCUUGUAUUAUAUGAGUACUACCCUCUAGUUGGCUGUUUUAUGUAGAUUAUGGUUUUAUGUUCUA